AUGGAAAUCCCUUUGAAAUCGAAACCAAAAGUGUCCAUGGUUGGACUUGUGGAUGAGGCAAAGUUCAACGUUGAACACAGACCCGGGCCAAAUGCAAGUGCAGUUGGUGGUGGUGGCCCAAUCCACCACGUUCCCAGCAUGAGUUCCAUGAAGAAGAAGAACCCCAUCGAGCGUAUCAAGCGAGACGCAAAUGCGCUACCACCGAGCUCCAAUACCGAGCCCACAUUGCAUAACUACAAGUUGACCAGAACGUAUUCCGAGUCAGAAACCAACAACUUUGAUCUGGAAACCGGUCAUAGACUUUAUGAUGACGGGAAGAUCCGUCCGAGCAUGUCGCGGGUGAAUUCUGGUCUGCGUGACUACUACACUGUCGACGGAGAUAUGGACUAUAGUGACAAGAACGAUGUCCUCACGAUGUCAACGUCACCAAAGAAGAAAUCAUUGAACAGACUUUACUCGAGAUCUCACGAUGAACUUGUGGGUUCAUUCCCUGAGGGUGUUGUUGGUCUUGAAGAUGAGUACAUCCCGGGGCUUGAUUUUGCCAACACCGUCUACAAAUGGAAUACAAUCGAUGACUACACGAACGGGCAUUUGAGAAGUAAUGGAACAUCUACAUCCACCACUCCACAGAGUAGAGAAGCGUCAUACCUUGACUUAAACUUACUUCAUUCUCAGGUGGCUCCACAACCUAUAGUCCGGGGAGCACUGCAAAUUGGGAAUUUAAGUUUUACAAAGUUGAAUGACUUUAUGAAACUUCGGACUCCACAACAAUCUGUCAACACUAGAAAUGAGCCAACCGCAUCUACUACAACUCUAACUCCAGAUCAAGAUCCUCUUGACACCCACAAGAGCAAAAAACUUAAACUGGGUGGCCAUACAGCGGCAGCCACCUCUUCAAGGAUGGAAGAUCAAUUGAUCAACCCAGACACUGGGGUUGUUAACUACGAGUACAUCCUCAAUUCACUUCCAAGUAACUUUAAUGAUCUUCCAUAUUCCCAAAGAAGAAAACUUAUCAAGUCAUAUUCAGAAUCCAUUGAUUAUUCUCAAUUUUCGCUUGUGGCAAAGCAAUUCUUUACCGACAAGUUUGGAUCUAGCGGAUCUUCAUCCGGUAGACUCCCAGGAAGUGGAGGAAGCUUCAUUAGGAAAUCAAGAAGAAAUAGUGCGAAUACAAUUGCUGGGCGGUUACUUGCACUUUCAUCAUCUUCAGAUUUACUGAAAUUAGCAGAAAAGUUGAAACCAAAAAUUAAUGUGGACGAAAAGGGAGCAGUUGUAUUGGGUUAUGAAUUAGGUAAGGUUAUUGGAUUUGGUGCUUGGGGUACUAUUCGUGAAUGCAAAGAACAAGAGAAUGGCAAUAAAAGAGCCUGCAAGAUUGUCAAAUCCUGUCGUUUUGAAUCUGGCUCACCACCUAGUAGUGGUGGAAUAGGGUCCUGUUCUCCACUGCGGGCGUCUCCCAAGUCGCAAGCACAUCCAAGGAUUUUGGAAGUGUUCCGUAAGGAAAUUCAAAUUUGGAAACAACUCAACCAUCCAAACAUUCUUCCAUUAUUGGAUCAUCUUGAGACAGAAACUGCCAUUUUUUGUAUUACUGACAGAAUAUUUGGCGGGACUUUGUUUGAAGUUGUUUCCAGUUGGGGUGUAUUUGAUAGUGAUAUCAACAAUACCCAGGGACCAUUAGGAUUUCUGAUUGAAUCUCAACGACAAAGAAUUGAUACAACUGUGAAUUUUGCUACUCAAAUUGUCGGAGCUCUUACAUAUAUGCACCAAGAGAAGGGAAUUGUUCACGGUGAUAUCAAACUUGAAAACGUGUUGGUAGAUGAUCAUAGUGAUAAAAAUCAUCGGAGAAUGGUUCUUUGUGAUUUUGGAAUGUCACGUAUCUAUAGUUCAAGACUUAGUAGAAGAUCAUCCGUUUCUCGUACCCGUGGAUUGAGUCCCAGUGAACUUAUGAUGAGAAGUAAAUCAUCAACUACCAACGUGAGGAAACCGUUAAGUAGUUCAGAUUCUUUAAAUACGAGAUUUUUAUUCAAUGAUGAUUCAAAAAUUGGGAUUUCUCAAUUUGAAAGACCUCAUGGUCCAUCACUUCAAUCUUUAGAUUUAACUCCAACCCAAUCACAGGAAUCGCUUGUUCUCACAAAGGAAUUCCAUAAUAGAACUCGAACUGUUUCUGGAAUUGAAUCCGACCUACCGCACCUGCAUAUCGGCUCUUUACCAUAUGCAUCUCCCGAGCUCUUACUCCCGUCGCCGCCUCCAUUAGGUCCAUCAGCCGAUAUUUGGGCCUUGGGGGUUAUGUUAUACACGAUGGUUGUUGGGAAACUUCCAUUCCAGCAUCCAUACGAGCCAAGAUUAAGAGCCAUUAUAUCUGCCGGGAAGUACAAUAAGGAAGAAUUGCAAAAGGCAUGUCUAACCCAAUUUAUUUUAGAUGAAAGUUUCUUUACUAAAAAGGUGGAAUCUCUGUUGGUUGAUUUGAAAAGACAAGAAGAGAUACAGAAUUUAAAGAAAUCAUGGGAUGAUUAUGACCUGAGCGAAUAUCAAUGGAUACAUGACUUGAUAGCUGGAUGUUUGGAACUUAAUAUAACGAAAAGAUACGACUUGGAAACAAUUUUCAAUUUCUUACAAGAACACAUCAAAUAA